AUGCCAAGGACGUUCAACUUUCUCGCCCCUUCCCUCCACCCCAACACCCUCACUGAGCUCUCCAUCCCCGAAGCUGGACCUUCAGCACCCGAGCCAGUAGUCAGGCACCUCGCUAUCAAGUAUGGCGCCCAUCAACCUGUCGGAAGUGUGAAGCGGAUCGUGGAAAGUGGGGCAGACGAGAUUGUUGUUGUGGAUGACGCAUAUCGGAUCUCGACAUUAUCACUAGGGAAAGACGAAGAGGGAAAUGCUACACCGCCAGAAAUGGUCAGGCAAUAUCAAGCAACAGGAAAAGCUGGGAAUGUCUGGGCAGGGCUCGCCUCGGUCGAAGCAGGAACGCUAGCAGCACUAUCAUCGGGCGCUCUGUAUCUGAUACCAAAUAGCGGAGACGAUGUACGGAGUACAAACAUACCCGGCCCACCCACAUGUAUUGCUUCUUCCUCGAACAGCGCCACGGCGUUCGCUGCGGCAGGCAAGGAGGUGGAUGUUUCGCUGUGGGAUGUGGAGCGGACGUUCGGGUCGUCAAGAGAGCCUGCGACGAACGGGAAGAGCGGGAAGCGGAAGAAGACGGAGUUGCAAGAAGGGGAGAUAUGGCAAGCGAAGAAUCUCGCUCACGACUCCCUCAACCUCCGCCCACCAGUCCACCACCUUGCCCUCACUUUCGCCCCCAACUCAACCACCUCCCUCAUCAGCGGCACAAAAUCCGGCUCUGUUCGUCGAUACGACACCCGCCAGCGCAAACCCGUCUCGGACUGGAAACUCGCUCGUGAAGGCGGGAUCGGCGCCAUCGCAUUCGGAACAAACGAGCACGAUCUGUUCUACGCGGACCGCUCAUCCCUCCUCGCUGCGGUAGACAUGCGGACUGGAAAAAUGCUCUACAGCAUCCCAUCAACAUGUACGGUGCACCACCUCCUCUCGUUCCCGUCGAUCGAGGAGGCGCCCACGGCGCUCACGUCCGGUCGCCGGAUAGGAUUGGCGGGAAUCAGCUCGGACGCGUCAUUACGGGUCUACGCGACGACGCCUACGCCGGCCGAGGGAGCUAAGGGGAAUUGGGGCGGAGAGGGCAAGAAGGGAGAUGUGAUGACUAUGGUGGGCGGUGUAGGGGUGGGUGGGUUCGUGUGGAGGGGAUACGGGCAGGUGGCGAAGGUCAAGCCGGAGAAGAAGGCGGGGGCGGAGGAUGAUGAGGACGAUAGUGAGGGAGAGGAGGAGGAAGUUUGGGAUGGGAUGAAUGAGGUGGGGGAGGGAGAGGAUAGUGAUGAUGAGGAGGAGGACGUGGAGGAUAGUGAUGAGGAGGAGGAAGAGGCGCCACCGGUCAAGCGGACGAAGCAGGUACAGCAGAAGCAGAAACCGAAGGGCCGGAGAUAG